UAACUGCCUGGUGUUUAAUAAGGAGGGCUGUUAAAAUGUUUUUUUUUCCGCUAAUUUUUCUGUGAAGCAAGACAUUAGGCCACACCAGAGGAAGUGGUUAUAAACCAAUGAUAGAAAUACGUCUACCUCAGCAUUUUGAAGUGUCAGUCUUCUGUUGAGCUGUGACUCCGUGAGCGUUUAAUCCGUUUGAAAGCAGACGAACUUGAAGAACUUCCAACAAGUGAGGAGAUCACUGGUGAAGAUGGCCUUGGCGUCUGUCAUCACUUUCUUCCUGCUCUGCUGCUCCGCCAUUGGCUCCCAAGGUUGUGACCAGUUUGUUGCAGUGGGUGGAAACUUCACUGUUCCUCUGGGAUACCAACUAAAACCUGCUGAUUCUCUGAAGUGGAGAUUUAAUGGCAUCAUAAUAUUUCAUAAAAGACCAGUAACAUUAAUUCUAGGUAAAAAUGAUGAUAUUAAUGAUGAUGGGUCCCUCAAACUAACAAAUCUGAAGAAGAACCAAGCAGGACUUUACACCGCUGAGGUUCAUGGUAAAAACAGAAUGCAACAGGACACAAAGAGCACAAAUUUAUGUACACUGGACCCCGUGAAGAAGCCCACAGUAAAUAUAACCUGUCUGGCCUCAGAGGUCGUCUUUACCUGCAGUCAUGAUCCGCAACCUGAUGGUAUAAACCAACAUGAUGUCAUACAGUACAAGUGGCUCCAGGAUGGCGAAGUCAUCGUCGACGAAACUGAAACGUCUCUGACAAGAAGCUCUGCAGAAAGCAGAGACAUGAAUUUCUCCUGUGAAGUUUACAACCAGGCCAGUUCUGAAAAAAGUGACUCUUUUACUCAUGGCUGUGUCUCCAAUGAGGCGGAGCUUGAGUAACAAGCAGGACAUUCUUCAUCACCAUCAUCACCUGCAGAGCCUCUGAAGCUGCAGCUCUUUACAAACAUUUCCCUGAUAUUUUAUGCAGUUACUUUUUAAUCUGUAUGACUUGAGUCAAACGUUUCCUGUAGUUUGCUGAACUUUUGACCCGUUCCUCCUGACAGAGCUGGUGAAACACUUACUAAUUCAAAGAUAACUUUUCUUAUUUUUCUGGCAUUUAGCAAAGUGUAAAGUGUUUUUGGUAAUCAUAUGUAAAUCUCUGGGUUCAAUCUAUGUAUAUGUUUAUAUAUACAUGUAUAUUCUGUGAAGGCCCCAGCUUCUUUAGCAGUGGCAUUUGUAUCUUGUUCUGCUAAUGAACAGACAGAAGUCUUCUUUAUCAUUGUUUUAAGUCAACAUUUUUAUGUUAUGAAUAUUUUUAAUUCAUUGAAGGCAAUGUUAUAAGUUUCUGUUGGAUUUUCUGUUUCUCUUUUAGCUGCAAACUUUGAUCAUCAAACUAAUAAUCACUUUGUGUUUACAACCUGCCAUGUGAAAUAUUCCGUUUUUAUUCUUAAUUAUUCAAACGAGUUUCACAACGAUGAUGAUGAAUUGACGUCUCUGUGGGUUUUUUUUUUUCCUCUGGUAGUUUUUGUUGUUAUCUUGUGUCGCAAUAAAUAAAACCAAACAUAAACUUGUA